UUUCCUUACUGCGCACUUUCUUUCCCCUCCGCGUUUCAACCCCUCGACGACGCCGCGCUAGCUACAUGGACGCGGUGGUGGUUAACAGAUUGUCUAACCGUCAUCGGAGAGAAAGAAUCAAUGUCAAGAGACGUUCGAAGUGAUUGAUAAUAAAAUUGAUCUCGUAAAUUUCUCAAUGGAAUCGACUGGUGCGGUGACCUGUCGACGGUGCCGAUCUUCGGCCACGGUCGACUGAUAACUCGCGCGCGCGGACGGGUAAUCGUUUGUCUCGCGACACGCCCACGAAGUCUCUCGCGGUCCGCGCGCAAUUACAAGAAGCCACUGACAAACCACGCAUCGGACAACGAGGAAAGAUGCGCAAAGAAGUCUUCGAGUGGUGGUUAUCGUUGUCGCCGCAUUGACGAUCGGACCCUCCGUUUGUUCGCACAUAUAGAAAGAGAAAACGACUAACGGGAGAGCCAGAGAGAGGCUGCUUCGCGCGCGAUAAUAUCGUCGGGAGGCGAGAAGAAAUGCGAGCGAGGCGCGACGCUGCUUGUCUGCUUUUGCUCUGAAUUUGCGAGGAGCGCGAGUACACACAUAUAUCUUUUGUCGGGAGAGGAACUUCCGAAAAGACGACGGCGUGAAGAUGAAGUCUUCGGCCGUGUGUUACACAUUUUGCGGCGCGACGUUCGACGAAGAACAUAAGAUGAGCACCGUUGCGUCUCCUUCUGCAUCGGAAGCUUCUACCACUUGCCACUGCCAUUUCUCCUCGCCGAUCCGCGACGGAUUUGAUGACGAACACGGCGUGUUUUCGUUACCGACGUCGAGGUCAACGACGGCGCCGUGCGACCUUUGCGAGCGUCUUCGUGGUCGAACGGGCGGACGUUUUGACUUGGUGAACUCGACCAGGACAGAGGACGGUCUCACGACAAACGGUUUCCGGUCGUUGAGGCGAAAACACGAGAACUUUAUGUCAGCGAGUGACGCGAUCGUCGAGAAACGCGACAGAACUUCGAGGUGCGAACGAGUUCCACUCUACGAAUCGUCUGCGAGAUGCGCUUCGAGCGUCGUGCGGUGGAAUUUCGCGAUCAGAUUCUGGGACAGAUGGACGAUCACGGAGUUGGAACGAAAGUUCCUCUGGAUCGUGUUCCUGAUACUCGUGAUAAGUUCCGACUUGGCAUCGGCGCAAGAUCGCAGAUCUUACAAUACCAUCGGUUCCAACGCGACAACCAGAG